GGAAUUUACAAUAGUUAUCGGCUCUCGAAAAAAUGGACGGUUAUUAAAAUUUUAUAAAAUUGUAGACUGCUUUCAUCAAUUUGUAUGCAGCCGUUUUCCAAGGCUGAAAAUGACUAAAAGAGCGGCGUCUUUUACAAAUGGUGGCCAACACGGCGAUUCGAAGCGUUGAAAUGGAUAUACCUGAAGCAAGCAGAGGUCGCCUUAGGGGCCGCUCGAGGGGUAGGGCCAGGCGUCCUGCCGAGCAGACACCCAUCACCCCAGGCGGUCCAGUUCUAGAUGGGAGAGGUGAUGAACCACAAACAAGAUCAGAAUGUUUAGCAAGAGACCUUAAGACUCUAUCAAUAAAUCCUUUAGUAACUCCAAUAGUAAAUCCAAGUGGUGGAGACCAGAAACGAGAUACUGUCAUUAAUACAAAUACAAAAGGAAAUUUUCGUGGUCGUAAACCACUGUCCACUCAGCAAGUUUUUACAAGGCCUAAAAAUGUUAUUAGCAAGCAAGGAAAGACUGGAGACGUAGUGGAACUUUCUGCCAACUAUUUUGCAUUGUUAACACACACGGAUUGGGCCCUUUAUCAAUACAGGGUUGACUUCAGCCCAGAGGAAGAAAGAACAGUUACAAGAAAAGCAUUACUACGAAUGCACAAGGACUCUCUUGGAGGAGGAUACAUCUUUGAUGGGACUGUUUUAUUUGUAACCCAACUACUUUCACCAGGACCAAUAGAAUUGUAUUCAAUACGUGAAAGUGAUCAGGAAAAAAUAAGGAUUACAAUUAAAAAAGCUGGUGACCUGGUUAUGGGCGAUCAUCACUACAUACAACUUUUUAACAUUUUAAUGAGAAAAUGCUUGGACAACUUGCACUUGCAAAUGGUUGGACGAAAUUUUUUCGAUGCAGCAGCAAGGGUUGAAAUAAAAGAAUAUAAAAUGGAGUUGUGGCCUGGUUACUUGACAUCGAUACGACAACAUGAAAACAAUAUUUUAAUGUGUGCUGAAAUCACCCACAAAGUGAUGCGGAGGGAAACAGCACUGGAUUUAAUGUAUGAAAGCAUGAAUAGAAGCCGACAAGACUGGAAAAGUGUGUUUGAGAAUUCAAUAAUUGGAUCAGUUGUUCUCACAGAAUAUAACAACAGAACAUACAGAAUUGAUGAUAUAGAUUUUAAUACUCGUCCUGAUUCUACAUUUCAAUUAAGAAACAAGGAAGAAAGAACCUACAUUGACUAUUAUUUGCAGCGAUAUGAAAUAAGAAUCCGAGUCAAAGACCAACCAAUGCUUGUUUCACGAGCAAAACCUCGAGAAAUCCGUGCUGGAAUGACAGAAAUUAUAUACCUAGUUCCUGAAUUGUGUAGGUUAACCGGUUUGACAGAUGAUAUGAGAUCAAAUUUCCAAUUAAUGCGCGCGCUCGCAGAACAUACAAGAGUAGUACCAGAAGCGAGGAUUCAAAAAUUGCACAAGUUCAGUUCAAGACUCAAGUCAACACCAAGUGUUCAAGAAGAUCUAACACAAUGGAAUAUGAAACUUUCCACCGAUCUGGUGAAAUUCAACGGAAGGAUCCUUCCACAUGAAGUCAUCACAUAUGGUGGUUCAGCACAUUCAGAUGCUGGCCGGGAUGCUGACUGGACCAAAAGUAUGAGAAACUUUCCUAUGCUAAUAAUGGGCACUCUAAGAAAUUGGGCCAUCUGUUAUAUGUCAAAAUCUAAGCCUGAUGUACAGAGUUUCAUAGCUGCUCUUACAAAAUCUGCUAUAACGCUACAAUUCACUAUCCCUCAGCCUAUUAUUAAGGAAUUGAACGAUGAUAGGAGUAGCACAUAUGUAGAUGCAAUAGACCAGUUGAUUUCUUAUAAGAACCCUCAAUUGAUAAUGUGCAUUGUUCCUAACAAUCGAGCUGAUCGUUAUGGUGCUAUUAAAAAAAAGUGUUGUGUGGACAGAGCAGUUCCGACACAAGUCGUAGUAGCCAAGAACCUUGUAUCAAAAGGAAUAAUGUCCAUCACGACAAAAAUUGCAAUCCAGAUAAAUUGCAAAAUAGGAGGUACCCCAUGGACUGUUUCAGUACCAAUGAAUGGUUUAAUGGUUGUUGGAUAUGAUGUAUGUCACGAUACAACGAACAAAGGACGGUCAUUUGGUGCAAUGGUCGCUUCCCUCAACAAAGGACUAUCUAGAUAUUAUUCUGCAGCCACACCUCAUACAAGUGGUGAAGAAUUAUCAAAUGAUUUAUCUAUUAAUAUCGUCAAAGCAGUGGUGAAAUAUCGCCAAUACAAUCAAGACAACUUGCCCUCUCGCGUUGUCAUUUAUAGAGAUGGUGUUGGUGAAGGGCAGAUACCAUUUGUGUUUAACCAUGAAGUGAGAGUUAUCAAGGAAAAACUAAACAACAUAUACAAUGGAAAGCCACCCGGCAUGGCAUUCAUUAUUGUGACUAAACGCCUGAACACCAGGAUUUUCUAUGAAAACAGAAAUCCUCCGCCUGGUACAAUCGUUGACGAUUGUAUCACUUCUCCUGACAAAUAUGAUUUCUUCCUUGUUUCACAAUCUGUGAGGCAAGGUACAGUAAGCCCAACUGCAUACAACGUAAUUGAUGAUUCAACUGGUCUCGACCCAGACAAAAUGCAGCGGCUCACAUACAAAAUGACCCACCUGUAUUUUAAUUGGAGUGGGACAGUACGAGUACCUGCACAAUGUCAGUACGCUCACAAACUUGCUUUCUUAGUUGGCCAGUCUUUACACAGGUCUCCGAAUAAUGGACUUGAAGAUCUUUUAUAUUUCUUAUAGUAUUAUGGUUCUAAUGGACUCUUUUAAGGUCAUCUGAAUCAAUGUAUAUAAUGUUUGUAAUAAGACUUUGACGAUUGAUUUGAUACAUUUUUAUACGAUGAAAAAUUAAUAUUAUUUGUUUAAACUUUGUUCCCAAAUAUAAUUUGGAUUACUGUAAAAAAUUAAAGCAUAUUUAAGUUCA